AUGGAGCAGGACGUUGAAGCUGGUUAUAGGACACUAUGCAGUGCGUGUUUGAGUAGUGACCGCGAUUUAUUCGAUUUAAAUACUGAGGCGCAAAAUACAUUCCGGCGACUUUUAUUAAUGUAUGAUUUUGCGGAAGACAGUUUUAGCGAACGUCUGCCGGAGAUGGAACACCUAGUCUGCUGGGAAUGUCUGGCCUUGCUGAAAAAGUUCGAGAAGUUCAAGUGGCAGGUCCACUACGCACAGCAGCAUCUCAGGGUGUUGGCCCUUAGCAGGACAGACGAGAGCACAGCGGACCACACAUACAUGUCCCAAUCUCUAUCCUGCCUCGAGAUGACGACCAAAACGGAAUAUGACAAGAUCUUCUUUGACUUCUCUACCGGAGAAGAAGGGUACAUUAUACCGACACAACCGCAGAAUGUUAAGAAUGAACAGUACGAUGUUAGCCAGGUGCAGGAUACCAGUAUCUUGGAUAUUGAUGAGAAUAUCUUAGAAGUCCCCGAGAUAGUCCUGGAGAAUCCGGUGAGUGGAGUGAUCUCACACAAAGUUGUUGGAACUGACGCCUUGGUGCUUGACUCUGGACCCAGCGAUGAAGUUAUAUCUCAUCUUACUAUUGGGAACCUAACCAAAACGCAGAUUGAUUCUAUAAAUAUAAUUACACAGUCGGAUACUAAGCCGAAGGUGGAGAAAACGGAACCGAAAUUAGGAUAUGUCACUGAAUACAUGACUGAAUCUGAUAUGUUGAAAUGCAGAGAAGAAGCUAAGAAAAAGGUUCAGUAUGCAAGCUCCGUGUAUAAAUGUGAAUUAUGUAUCAUUGGGUUUUAUACACAACAACAAGUUGAAGACCAUUUCGUAUCAGCGCAUAGAGCGAAACCGCGUCAAGUAGCGUGCAAAGUAUGCUACGUGUACGUGGACGAGAGCAAGAUCGCGUCGCACACGGACGCGCACUACCUGAAGUACCGCUGCAAGCUGUGCAGCCACGAGGAGCCCAGCGCGCGCCUCGCGCAGCUACACGGCGCCACGCACAUGGACAAGCACACGACCAACUUGUCCACCAUCAAGAUUGGGGAUCUCAAGAGUAAGGGUAGAAAGAAGAAGGAUAAGGAGACAAAAGAUCAGAAGGACCCCCCGAAGCCGGGCGACUUGCGUAAACUAUUGUCCAAGACGUCUAUAGAGGGGUACCAGUGCUUAGAGUGCGAUAUGUUCUUCAAAAACUCCCGAGCGCGCAAGAAUCACGUGGCUCGCUUCCACAGAGAAGGGCUGCAGUGUGACCAUUGCAAAAAACGUUUCGUUAACAGAACUACGCUGGCAACACAUCUUAAACUUCACGAAGGUCCGUUGCCUCGAUCAGAAUGUCCGAUAUGCCACAAGAUGGUCCGAGUGAUACAAUUGAAGUACCACAUUCAAAGACAUCAGAACAAGAGUCGAUACGAGUGUACUGACUGCAACAAGACGUUCUCACAUUUAGCCACGUACCAGGCACAUUUGAAGUAUUCUAGAGCCCACGCUUCAGAGCAGGUGUUCAAAUUCCCCUGCCCAAUGUGCAAGAAAGGGUAUCCAACUAAAGAAGCGAUGCAGGAUCAUUUCAAUUACCAACAUUUGGGGAAGACUACACAUAAGUGUCCCAUAUGUAAUAAGCCCAUAGCCUCCCGAGCGAAUGUAGACAAACAUAUGAUGAGGAUACAUGGUCAAAAGAAGGAGAAACCGCGGACGCAUAUAUGUCAAGAGUGCGGGAAGCCGUUCACGGAUAAAAAAGCUCUAACCCAACACGAAGUAAUCCACUCGAGUGAACGACCUCUCUCCUGUGACAUAUGCCAGCAGACGUUCAAGCAAAAAGCGUCCUUAUAUACACAUAGGAAGAGAGUACAUAAGGUAAUACCUAACAAGCGGCUCGUGGAGUAUAUGGACGAUGAUGUGCAACAUUGUAAGGUUGAGAGAUUUGUUGUUUGA